AUGCAUUCCGCAGACGACGUGAAGCUGAGGUCUGCGCAUGCGUUAAAAUAAAAUUCAGCAUGGUUUCUUCUUGAAACGAUAGUGGAGUAAUCAAAAAUUCCGAUGUCUGCUAAAAUGAGUGUUGUCACUGUAUUGUCAGGUGUAAAUGUUUCAGAUUGCUUUUUUGAAUGCAUACUAGAAUGCAUAUGAGGUGAAAGAAAUACAUUGAUCCAUAAAGAAUAAAGUCUUAUUGUUCUACUUCACCCUUUUUUUUCUUUUUCUUUUCUAUAAAGACGUGAUCCGUUUCUGUGCUGAAUCGGAUCAAACAUGGCUCCUGCAACUACUAUUGAAACAGUCACAGUUGUAAGGCCCUUAAAAGUGAUUGCUUUCAUCUGUGGCCUGAUUGUUAUCUUGUUGAUGAUACUCUGCCUGGCAUCGUCUAAUUGGUUAACUGCGGAAAAAUUCCGGCAGGGUUUAUGGGAGCAGUGCAUAGACCCCGGUGCCAUGCAGCCUCUGCCUUUUGAGCUUACGUACAAGCCUGGAUGCUAUGCGGCCAGGAAAGUUGCUUAUAUCCAGUGGGCUGCUGCUUUGUGUGUUAUCACGCUGCUGUUGGAUAUCGCUGCUACUGUGAUGACAGGUAUGGGCCUCUGCAGCAAAGACCCGACACGGAAAUAUACUCUGUACAGGUUCGCUCUUUAUGUCAUGGUGGGAGCAUUACUUUCUGUGUUGAUUGCACUGGUGAUAUAUCCUGCCUGUUUUGCUUCAGAAAUUGAGCGCAGCAACAGGUCUGUGUGGGAAUUUGGUUGGGCCUAUGGUGUAGCCUGGGGUGCUGCCAUUUUUCUCUUUGGUGCCAUACUUCUUUUGCUCUGUGACAAAGAAACAGAAGAGAUCUAUUAUAAAGAACGAACCAUUACUCAUGAAAACGGUGACUCGAAAGCAUAGAAAUAACUGUGAGCAAUCUGUACAUAGGAAGUGCAUGUCUGGGGUUGCCAAUGAUGAGUGAUUUUAUAUUUUCUCCUAUAAGAGUUUUAGAGCAGCAUACUUUCUUCAAAUGCAAAUCUUUAGAAUUCAUUUCACCAAGAAUUUUUUUUUUGAGGGAAAAAAGGCCAAUUUUUAAAAAUUAUUGCAUGAGUAAAAAACAUAACCCUUUAUUUAUUUAAAAAAAAUUUAACUCUUAAUUUGCAUGCUAUGAAUCUUAAAAUAUAUAAUGUUAAAAGCUAUGUCUUUGCAUCUAUUAGAAUUUUUUUUAUCUACAUAUAUUUUAGUAUUAUGUGGAGUUGUGCAAAAAUGAAAAAGAGAGAUCUUUGUGUGUUUAUUUUGGUGAGAUGACUAAAAAAAUAGAAUAAGUAAUAAUAAUAAUUAUUAUUAUUUAAAAAGCAUUUAUAUGGAAUUUAAAUUUUCUAUAUCUGAAUUCAAAGUGUGUAAUUUUUCAUUUUUUUUAGAGUUUAGAAUUAUUUAUUAACUUAUCAGAGAUUGGUCCAUUUUGAAAAUAAAUUAUUUGUCAACUCUACACAUUUGAUUUUUUGGCCUAGUUCUGAUAUAAUUGCAAAAAUUUGAGGGAAAAAAAAAAAAAAGAAAUGAAUGAAAUUAGAACUACAAAAAUAGGAUUUUUAUAAACAUUUUUAGAUUAUUGUUCAUUCUAAACUAAGUGUUUGUAGUUCCUUUUUCUUUCAUUGUGCUGCUGGUAAAUUGGUAAAAAUCUUUUAUUUCAUUGAAUCAAUCUGUUCUGAAGAUUUUUAUUGACACUUCUGUUGGUCUGCAUCUAACAGUAGCAAAACAAAGUUGUAAGCAUUUGGGGGUACUUUUUUAUUUAGCAAUUAUUUUCAUUAAAUGCUUUCAUACAUUUUGCCAUUAGUAAUUUUAUGUGAUUAAUUUUUUAAAAUCUAUAAUUCACAGAAGAUUCACUUUUUGCUGUAUAAGGCAGUUAAUUAAAAAGAAAAUAAACAAAUUUCAAUGUAAAAAAAAUCCUUGAAUACAUUAGAUGCAAAUAAUACUACUUAUUAAAACUCAUUUCUUGUUUAUUGAGGUUAUUAUUUUUAACACAUUAAAUGUUUUUAAUUAUAAUUAUUAUAUUUUAAAUAUUUAAAGCUGUUUUAUAUGAAAUAUAAAUUUAAAUUGCCCUAUUUAGCAUAAAAGUUGUUAUUUUCUUUUCAGUUUUCACUAUUGGUCUUGUUUUCUCUAAAACAAAUUUUUGAAUAAAUUGUAUUGUUAUUACAAUUCCAUCAUCUUUGAAUUAAUCAAGUUCUAGUGUAAUAUAAGGUAGGCAAUCUUGCAAUUUUGUCACUUAUCACUCUACUCAGGUAGUGUAUUUGACUGUUUAAAACCUGUCCAAGGUUGGUGGUUACAUAUGAAGCCACCUUUUUAAGAGCUUUUUUUUUUAAUGAAAUGAAAGUUUUUUUAAUAAUAACAGAAAUAUGAUUUUAGUAUUUAUUGAGGAUAAUAGAUGGCAGCCCCAAUUCUGAUUUCCCCCUUCUUUUGCAUUUAUAUACCCACUAACAGCACUUACAAAGGGGGGGGAAAGUCGGACCCAGAAAUAUUUACUAUUAUUUUUUACCAAAAAGCGCUUUGAAAAGUUGUAUCAUUAUGAUUGGCAACCCCAUUUCUCGUUGAGAAAACUUUACAUCAUCCAUCCAAGGCUGCAGCCUGCCCACUUUCACUGUUGUUUGGACCUCUCUCCUGAACUGAUCUGUUUGCAGCUUCUCUCACCCGAUCUCUUCAACGAAGGUAACAAUUUAUGAGCAAAAAUGUGUUGCCCUUCUUGAAGUUACCCGAUAUCUAUGAUAAAGGCAAUUAUCUAUGAAAUGGAAGGCAAAAACUUUACAUUUCUGGAAGUUAUCUGAUCUCUUCAAUGAAGGUAACCAGUUUGUGAAAGUGAAAGCAAAAGUAUGUUGUCUUUCUGAAUGCCGAGUUUCCAACUUAAAACACUGUGUUAAUUAACUGACAAGAUACAUUUUAAAUAUUGUUUAGUGCAGUUCUUCUAUGAAGAAUGAAAUUGAAUUGGAAAUUCUUGCUCUGUGCUAUGGAUAAGCUACCAAAAAAAAAAAAAAAAAAAAAAAUUUGAGAGUUUUUAUUCACUGUUGCAUAACUUAUUGCAGAAAUUUAUUAGUAACUUUUAUAAAAUUUUUCAACUCAUCUGAUUUUAAUGAUAUUAUUAUUUGAAAUUAAUUUUUACUUAAAGUCAUCCCCCAAUUGCAUAAGUAAUUAGUUUUAUAACUUUUACAUAGCUGAAUUUUAUGUAAGUAAAUUUAUAUUGGAAAAUUAUAAAAGUGUGACAUAGGACAUAAAUUUCCUUUAGCAAUGUAGAUAAAUACCAGACAUGACAAAUUUCUGCCCAUUUCAGUACUUUCGACCUUGAAUUUUACCAUCCUUAAAAUCGAAUGAUUUUCUUUUAUGAAAUAAUUCUACAAUAUUUGUAAUAUAGCAAGCACUUUUUACAUAAAUUUAUUCAUUUUAUUCUUCAGUUAAUUGUUUUUAUUUUAUUUUUGUAUGUUUAUAUUUGGUACAAUUUGUUAUUUUAAGGUUUUCCGGUUGUCUCGUUUUCUGCUUAAAUGUAAUAUCACAUGAAGAUUGCUUAUUACACCAUAUGCUUAUAUGUUGAUCAUUUGAUAGAUUACUUUAAAUAUAUGUUUGUGAUUCAAAGGUAUCAAAUUAAUUGAAAGCAUAGGUUAAAGUGCAUUUUUUUUCUAUAUUAUAAAAUUGGUGUGCAGGAUUGAAUAAAUAUUAUGAAUGAAAUUAUAAUUAAUUGUAAAUAAAAUACGGACAUAUAUUUUAAGUUCUUAUAAGAAUAAUAAAAUGUAAUAAUGCUAAUAAAAAAUGUAUUUCGUAAAUAAUUUCUGGAUUUACAAAAUUUAUUACAUAACAUUGAAUUACAUGGCCUGUAUAUUAUGCCGGUCGGGGGAUGACUGUUAUUAUGUUAAAUGAGAGAAAUGUAAUUAGUUACUAACUUUGAUUUAUAUAAUAUCCUAUUUUGAUAAAUAGUGUCAUAGAAGACCAUAUUUAUUAUUUCAUGUUGGUAUUUAAUAAUGCAAUAUAUAUUGUUUUGUGGAUUAUUUGGAAACGUACAACUUAUUAUUGAUUUAAAUUUCUGUUACAUGACCUCUUAAUUUGAAACUAAUUUAUGUUGAUAUUUUGAGCACAAAUGGUUUCAUUUUGCCACCAGAGACAUUAACUAUUUCAAAUCCUGUGGGCUUUUGAUUAUUUUAGAAUUAAAUGUAGUUGUGCAAAAAAUGUCUUGGAAAAAGUAUAAAUCUUUAAAAAAUCUUAAAAAUAUUUCGAAAAAUCAUUUUUGCCUAACUAACGCUAACAUCCUUCAAUAAUUUUAUUUUCAAGGCAGUUAGUGCUAAAAAAUGAAAUAGUAUCUAUUUUUACAAUUCAAAUUAUUAAAUUUUAUCUCAUGAAUUCUGACUAAAAUUUAAGAAAUGGAUAUUAAAAGUAUAUUCGCAGGCUAUUUUUCAUAUCUUCUCUGAUUUGACUCGAUUUAAAAUUUAAAUUUCUGUAUGUUUAAUAAUAUCUGAGAAGGUUUGAAAAUAUUUUUUCAAAAGUAUAAUAUCAUGUAUAGAAAUAAUGGGAGAGGUGGAGGAUUUUAAUAUAAAAUUAUAAAACUAAAAAGUUAAUCAACUAUUUCACAUCUUAAUAUUAUUUUACCAGAUAUUGAAGUGAUUUUUUAUUUUAUUAUAACAGAUUGUCAGGAUUUGGUUUUAACAAUAUUUUAGAGGAAGGGAGGUAAGAAUUGAAGCAAAAAGUUCAGAAUUUAGGACUACUUCUGUUCUCAGCUAUAAUAUUUGGUGCCUUCAAAAAGAAAUGCAAAGUGUUUCACUUUUCGAGCACUUAUUGUUUCUUUUAAUUUGUGUGACCCUUUUUACAAAGAUGAAACUAGAUUGCCUAUUGCCCAGGAUUAAGUAUCUGUUUUAUGGCCACUGAUUAAAGGAAAAUGGAAUCUACAGAUUUGGCACCUAAAACAAAUGCCUCCAUCUAGUUUCAUCUCUGGCCCUUUUCCAUAAUGAUCUCUUAAUUGUUAUUUCUUAAAAGCCCUGUCAUCUACUUUAGAGCUGUUAGGUUAUUGUGAAUUGAGCUUUCGACUUUUAUUCCAUGAUUGCAAAAAAUUCUUGUGCUGAAAGCUAAAAACUGUAUAUAAAGCCAGUGCAUAGGCAUUGGAGAAAGAUGAUUGAAUGCCUAAUUUCAAUCUGUAUGUACUAAAAGUUAAGCCAUUUGUAACAUUUUCAGACAUAUGAUCACAAAAAAAGUGUUAAGGUUAUUAAGAUAGUAAAUGCUACAGUUUCAAAUUUUGAUGUAAAUCAAAAAAUUGAUUUGGUAGCUUGCAUAUACACUGGACUGGCUCCCUAUAGUAUAAGCUGCAAAAAACUUUAGAAGUCCAGAAUUAUUUUUUUAAAAAAAGCAUUGGUUUAUUGAUUUAUUUUUUCCAUUUUCAAACACCAAAGAAAAAAAGGUAAUUGAAUAGUAUCUACAUAGGCACAUAAUUUGUAAAAAUAUUUAUCACUUAUUUUAUUUGAAAAAUGCUUAAGAUUCAUUAUGGUCGUAUUACAUUUUUUAUUAUUUUUAUUGUAGUAUUACAUAUUAUGUUUUGCUUGAACUUAGAUUUAUUUUUAAUAAUUUAGAACUAUGUAUAUGACUAUUUUUUUUCUAAAGAAUUGAUUUAAUGAAAAUUAUUUGUGCAUCUUUUCCCCUGAUGAUUAGAAUGAUAUAGAAGUUAAAAGAAUGUAUCAUCUAAUUUUUUUCUGACUUCAAUUUAACGAAUCUGUUUUUAUUAUAUUCUAGAAAUAAUAAGCUAUGCUAGCUUAAAUUUUUGUUUCCAAUAG